AUGUUAAUGAAUUGUUUAGCAGUAUUAGUGCGUCGUUCGACUCGAUGCUCAUUGGUUGCUCAGCGUUAUUUAUUAUCAAAAAAAUUUGCAUUAAAUGAAGAAUGGUGUAGUAGGCACCAUGCACUUAGUGAAAUCGGUAUAGAAGGAUCAUAUGAGUGGAUCACUGCUGUGCAGAAAAAAUUUGUCAGUGCUGGAAUGGCCAGUCCAGUGGAUGUUGAUGCUGCGAUUUGUAUGGCAGAGGAAGUGGACCAGCUAGACGAUGUGCUAAAAAUUGUGUACAAGUUGCGACACAUCGAAAUGACCGGUAGGAUGUUGCCUUCAACGGAAUAUGCCCUUAUUAGGUUGCUUCUGAAAUGUCAGAAAACCGACAUUCUUCUUGCAAUCUUAGCUGAUCCUAUUAAUUAUGGGAUUUUUUUGAAUGAACAUUCAGCUUGUCUGGUUAUAGAUAACUUUUUGGAGGCAAAUAAAAUUGCAGAUGCCGCACGAGUCGCCAGUUGCGUAAUGCUUCAAGAAAUGUUUCAGUCUACUUUAUUGAACUGGCUAUGUAUUUAUAGUAGUCUGAGGUGGACUGAAUUGCCCGUUGAACAAAGAUUAUUCGAAGAACUUCCGUCUCUGGAUUAUAUUGCUGGCACAGAAGACAAUUCAGGGAAUAUGGAAGAUGAGGACGAAAUGAUCUUUAAAUUUCCAUAUUUGAAAAAUGAAUGCAACGAUAUGCAUUUCGAUCUCGCCGAUCCAGAUCAGCUCAUUGGAAAGAAUUUACUCUGGUUUAGUCGCUGUAUUUCACUGAGUGAAGAAGAAGUUAGAAAUAUUCGCUUAAUAGGAUCCGUAUUUUUUGGCAACUAUAUUUUGGCAAAACAAUUGCUUCAAAUGACAGAUAUCUUCUCAUCGACGGUUGCAAUUUGUCGAUCCAAAUUAGAACAAAUAAUAGUUAAAACGAACAAUGUUGAGGAACUGCAGGAUAGACAACCUUCCGAAAGUGCUGUAGAAGAGUUAAAGAGAAUUAUCGAUAAGGUUGAAGGAAAGAACACGAACGAGAAACUAUCAGAUAUGAUCAUGAGGCAUCUAAAGUCUGUACAAGAUAGGGAGGAGAAAAACCUGAUAGAAAUACAACGCAACACCUUCCUUGACUGGAAACAAAAUCGUGCUAAUCUCAUCAAGGCUCAGGUCGAACAACUCGAUUUAAAGUUGCGACUGAAAGAAACCUGUAAAGAGCGGCAAAAAUUACGGGAUCGUUGGGAAAUGUUAAAUUUCUUCGAAAAUCGUUUGAAGUGGGAGGAUAUAGCAGCUGUGAAAGAAGAGCUUUUAAAGGCUGAACAAGGUAAAAGAAAAAGUAAGGAAGACUUAGAGCAGGAAUAUGUAGAUGAAAUAUUUUAUAAAAGCGCUAAAAAGUCUUGA